GUGGUAUGAACGUUUCCUACUCCCCAGAUGAAAGCCGCGGUGUUGCUGGUGUUCGUUGGCGUGAUCGGGUUUGUGUCGGGCCAGAACUUUCAUUCUGUACGCUUCUCACCUUUUGGUGGUUUCCGUCGUCCGCUAGGGCACAAACAGUUUGCUCGACCAACAACAGGUGGCUUCAACAGGGCCUCUUCGGGUUCUGGGAUCGUUGACGCCACCAGUGGCCAAAGCGAGUACCACUUCUCCUUUAAACAUGCUCCUGGGGAAAAAUUCUCAGGUGGUGGCGCUCGGGUCUACUGUCAACGUCAAGGUCCUCAAUGGGACGCCGUCGCCAUCAGCUCCGAGGAAGAACUGAGAUUCAUUCACGGCAUCGUCGGCGGUCUGCCGUACAUCUGGACUGGUGGUUACCGUACCGGGGGACGCAACUUCGCCUGGCACAACGGCGAGUCUUUCAAUGUCCAAGAAUGGUCCCAUACUGGACAACAGCAACGGCCACAACCUGACAACCGUGAAAAUCAGAGUGAAAACUGCCUGGCCAUCCUCAACAACUUCUAUAGGGACGGCGUCAAGUGGCACGAUGUGGCCUGUCACCACCAGAAGCCGGUCGUGUGUGAGAGACACAUCUAACUCACUCACUCACUUCAAGAAGCUCUCUCUCUGGCCGUCAUAUUUAUUUAACUUAAACUGUGAUGAUACUUUGUUUUCUGUGUGCCCAUAGUUCAUCAUGGUUUGUUUUUCUCUACACACACACACACCUGAACUACGAAGCAACCGUAAAGAAUUAUCAAAAUUCAAUAAAGUUUUGUUGAUUGGAAAAAAA